AUGUUUGUACGGUGGCACCUCCCUGUGAUCGGCGCCGUGUGCCUGGCUGCCCAAGCGAUAGCAUCGCAUGUACUUACACCGGAGCUGCUCAUGGAAGCGCCACGACCAGCCUCUGUCGUGGCCAACGAAGCUGGCACCGCUGCCGUGAUUGGUGUCAGCACUUUUUCGUCGCAGACAGGGGACGAGUCCAAGGCUUUGUACCAUAUCCCGCUCACGCAGGCUCGAGCAUGGGACGAGGCGCCGAAUGUACGUGUGCUUACCAACGACACGACGGAGGCGGCUUUUGUGGACGAUGAUACGUUGCUCUAUGUAAAGGACAACCAAGUGUGCCAACGCUCUCUGCACGCUACCUUGAAAGGUACAGCCUGCCAUGCCGUCGCAGAGCUGCCCACCAGCAUCAAAUAUCUCAAAGUCGCACGUACGUCGAAGAACAAAGCGACUCUGGUCUUUGCUGCCACCGUGUAUGACGACGGCGACUUGUACGCCGUCGCGAAGCACGACCGCAGUAAGGAAUCGGAGCGUUGGAAGCAUGCGAAAGUGUAUGAUACGAUGUUUGCUCGGCACUGGGACCAGUGGAUGGAUCCACGUCGUCGUAGUCAGCUGUUUGCGUUGGAUGUGCACAGGGACCCUACCACGGCCGCAUGGCAUGCCAAGGGCUCGAUUCGCAACCUCAUGCGCGGUACCAAGCUCGAGACGCCUGUCGGCCCCCUGGGUGAGGCGACGGAUUUCAGCGUGUCGUCGAACUGGGUCGCGUUUGUCGCGAAAGAUCUGCAUGUCCCUCCCGCCUGGCAUACCAAGCAGCAGGUCUUCCUUGUCCCGAUCGACGGCAGUAAAGCGCCACGUCAAAUUAGCAGCAAUAACCGACAUGGCUGGACUGGCAUUCCUGCCAUCUCGCCCAACGAGGAUAUGGUCGUGUUCUUGCAGCAGGACAAGGAUGGAUUCGAGAGCGACUUGAAAGUCUUGCAGACGUACUCGCUGCACGACGGCACGCUACGCACCUUCCACCGCGAUUGGGAUAUGUCGCCGACGGCUCUGACCUUCUCGGCAGAUGGUGCUUGGCUCUACGCCGUCGUGACCGAGGACGAGCAGCGCCCGAUAUACCGCAUGCCUGUGGACGGCGCACACCUCGGUCCACGCACAGCGCUGGUCACGCACGGCUCUGUGUCGAAUGUGGUGCCUCUGAAGCACGAUCGUAUGGUGUACACGCGUUCGACGCUGCACCACCCGAACGACGUGUACCUCCUGCACGUGGACGAGGACGAGGAACGUGCGUUGCGUCUUACCAACUUUUUCCGGUGGUCCAAGGCGCAUCGCGAUAUUGACCUGGGGCCCAAGCCUGAACGCUUUACUUAUGCAGGUUCGAACGACGUCCCUAUGCACGGCUGGAUUUUGAAGCCGCCGUCGUUUACGAAGGCGAAGGAACUGGGCGAGAAGCUUCCGCUCGCCGUGCUCAUUCACGGUGGGCCGGAGAGUGACUGGAACGAUGGCUGGUCGAUUCGCUGGAACCCUGCGACGUUUGCAGCCGCUGGAUUUGUUGUAGUUACGCUGGAUCCGUCGGGCUCGACCGGCUUUGGCCAGGCCCUCACAGAUCGCAUUCUCGAGCACUGGGGCGAUCGACCGCUGGACGAUGUGAUGAAGGGUGUGCACUAUGUGCUGGACACGAAGUCGUACAUCGACCGUGAUCGCGUUGUGGCGGCUGGUGCGAGCUUCGGUGGGUACAUGGUGAACAUGCUGCAGGGCCACAAUGACGAGAAGCUCUUUAAGGCGCUGGUAACGCACGAUGGUGCGUUUAACACGAUGGCCAUGGCAUACUCGACGGAUGAGCUGUACUUUGCCGAGUCAGAGUUUGGCGGUGUGCCAUGGGAACGCCCAGAGCUCUUGGACAAGUUCAGCCCGCACCAGUUUGUGCACAAGUGGAAUACGCCGCACUUGAUUGUGCAUGGUGGCCAUGAUUUCCGCUUGAGCCCGGCCGAAGGUGUCAGUGCUUUCCAUGCCCUCCAGCGCCGCGGCGUGCCGUCACGUCUUCUUUUCUUCCCAGAAGAGAGCCACUGGGUCCAGGAAACGGUGAACGCCGUGCAAUGGCACCAUGAGGUCCUAGGAUGGCUCCAGCAAUGGAGUGCGCCGUCCGACGAGCGCACGGCCCCCGUGCCCCUCGUGUUCCAAUAG